UUCACGUAUUUCCUGCCUCUGCCAACAGCAGAAGACACACCCCCAAGGCUUGCUCUCUCGAAUCGCGUAGUUCUCGCCUCGACGCUUGACAUCAUAAAGCAGCACUUUUUACAUCUCAUCAUUCAGAAGCGCCAUCGACUACCAGAUAUUCCCUGUCACUAAUUUCGACCCUAAACCCUCCAUUGUUCUUGUCCGCUCGCUUUCACUCGAGGAAAUGGCUCUCUCGUGCAACCAGGCAGCUGUUCUGUCUUCCGCCGCUUUCUCGAAGCCCCUGUUCUCCGCAUCAUCCGUUUCUCAGCUAAACCUCAGGACAUGUGCUGUACGCGGACUUCCCGCAGUCAGGGCUGAAGCUGCACCCGCCGCCGUAAAUCGGCCCGACUCAAAUGUCCCCGCCACUCCCGUGACGCCUUCCGGCGCAGCCAUGGCGGAUUUCCUCGUCACUUUCAGCCGCACGCUGAACCACGCUCCUGGGAACGGCAAGAGCAUCGCCGGUGCUGGGAGGGCUCUUCUUUCCCGCGUGCGGAGCGGGAUCAGCGACCUUGGCAGGGAUGCGGAUGUGGAGUCGCAGGUCAGGCGACAGCUGCGCGUCGCAGAGGCCGAGCGACUGCUUCUGGCGAUCGAGAGCGACCUUGUGCAGAUUGCCAUUGACGAGUCCGUGGAGUCGAACAGCGUUCCCGUGCAGCUGCUUCGCAUGCACUGCGCCCAGGCUGCUAGAAUCCUCAGAGUGCUUUGAGGAGGCUGUUUUGCCCCGCCUGUGGCGGGACUGCCCUGCACUUGUGUAUAUUUUUGUGGGAAUCCCAGCCUGCAGCCGUUUGUUUUUGCUGCUUCGGGAUCCUGUUUAUUCAUCAGCUUAGUGUUGAUUUCAUUAUCAACCUUCUAAUCAUUCGGUAUAUUACAUUCCAUUCCGCACUUGCAUGAACCUUAGCUGUUUGGCACAUGGUGUCGCGCGUUGAAGACAGGGUAGGCCGGCAUUGCGUGGUUAACCUAUAGUAGAUUAUUAUGGGUAACCAAACGACGCAGCAUCUCGACAUAGUAUGAUACUCCCAGGG